GAAGCCGUCAACUUGCCGAAUCACAGUCCUGAUCCUUUUUCUCGAUAGAGCCAGAUGCCCGUCGUUUCGUACAAAAUCUCAGUACCGUGCUCGUCGGCCAACAUCGGUCCCGGCUUUGAUGUCGUCGGUCUCGCCCUCUCGAUCUUCCUCGAACUCGAUGUCGUCGUUGAUCCGUCCUAUGUUGGUCCGGAAGAAUCCACCGCCCUCAAUUGUACUCUCUCGUACGAAGGAGAGGGCGCUUCUGAGGUCCCGCUAAAGGCCGACUACAACUUGAUUACUCGCACAGCUCUCUACGUGCUCCGAAGUAACGGUCAGCGCGCUUUCCCCCAGGGAACACAUGUUCAUGUCAAGAACCCCAUCCCGCUCGGACGCGGCCUUGGGUCGUCUGGUGCUGCGGUGGUUGCUGGUGUGAUGCUUGGUAACGCGGUGGGACGUUUAGGAAUGAGCAAGGACAGGAUGAUGGACUACACUCUCAUGAUCGAGAGACAUCCAGACAACGUGACGGCAGCAAUGAUGGGUGGAUUUGUCGGCUCGUAUCUCAACGAGCUUGAAGCCAAGGAUGCUGAGAGGAAGGAGAUCCCAUUGAGCGAGGUGCUCCCAGAACCUGCAGGCGGUGUCGACACCGGUUUGACUCCUCCGGAACCGCCGCACAACAUUGGCCACUACAUCAAGUACGGCUGGGCCAAAGAGAUCAAGGCUAUUGCUAUUAUCCCUCAAUUUGAAGUUUCCACUGCAAAGGCGCGUGGUGUAUUGCCAAAAGAGUACUCCGCCAAGGACCUCAUCUUCAACCUUCAGAGACUCGCCGUCCUCACGACCGCUUUGACCCGGUCCCCGCCUGACCCGGAGCUCAUCUACCAGGCGAUGCAAGACAAGGUUCACCAGCCUUACAGAAGUGGAUUGAUCCCUGGGUUGCCAAACAUCCUUGCCUCUGUCACCCCUCGCUCACAUCCAGGUCUCUUGGGUAUCUGCUUAUCCGGAGCCGGUCCCACGAUCCUCGCCUUGGCGACUCACAACUUUGACGGCAUUGCAGAGGAGAUCUUGAACAAGUUCAAGGACGAGGGAGUUACGUGUGUGUACAAGGUGUUGGAGCCUGCUUACGAGGGAGCACAGUGCGUCGAAGUCUAGGUUUAUGCAGACGCGGUAUCAUAGAUUGAUUGACGAACAAAACGUAUGAAUAUUACCUACCCAUCUACUUCUUUCGGCC